GCGGCCGCGUCGCUCCCGCGGUGGGGCUCUAGGCCGGCCUCUCUCCGCGGGCCGCGGGUGAAACGCCGGCGGUGAAGGGCGGCGCGCCGGGGGCCGCCGGGCCGGGCACCGUAGGCUCUGGCGUCGGGGUCAUUUGUGUCGUGACCACCAGCGUCCGUGGCCGUCUUCGCGACAGCCAGAGGCGCUCAGGCUGCGUUAGCCCCGAGCGGGCUGUUGCGGCUGCCUUGGCGGGGGGCUCUGCGAGCGCCCGACCCCCUUCUCUUCCCGGACCCCACGCCAGCAGCGACCGUGAGCCGACCCCCGGAGCUCCCGGCAAUGGCGGCCUCGACGGCCUCGCACCGGCCCAUCAAAGGGAUCCUGAAGAACAAGACCUCCGCGACUUCCUCUCGGGUGGCCUCGACCGAGCAGCCCCGCGGGAGCGUCGACGAGGAGCUGAGUAAGAAGUCGCAGAAGUGGGAUGAAAUGAACAUCUUGGCCACUUAUCAUCCAGCAGACAAAGACUAUGGCUUAAUGAAAAUAGAUGAGCCAAGCACCCCUUACCACAGUAUGAUAGGUGACGAUGAGGACAUAUACAGCGAUUCAGAAACCAGUGAAGCCGUAACUCCAGACACCUUAGCUAAGAAAUUGGCUGCUGCUGAAGGCUCAGAGCCGAAGUACCGAAUUCGGGAACAGGAAAGCAGUGGAGAGGAGGACAAUGACCUGUCCCCUGAAGAACGAGGUAAAAAAAAACGGCAAUUUGAAAUGAAAAGGAAACUUCACUACAAUGAAGGACUGAAUAUUAAAUUAGCUAGACAAUUGAUUUCAAAAGACCUACAUGAUGAUGAUGAAGAUGAAGAUGAAGAAAUGUUGGAGACUGCAGAUGGAGAAAGCAUGAAUACAGAAGAAUCAAAUCAAGGAUCUACUCCAAGUGAUCAACAGCAAAACAAAUCCCAGAGUUCAUAGAAGAGAGUUCUUCAGCUUGCAGUUGUUUGUCCAAUACAAACCUUGUUACUGUGAUGCACUGCUUCUCGUUCUCCGUAAUCUGUGACUUGAGUACCAAAAUACGUCCCAGUUCCUAUAUAUUGCCAAGAAUUAAAUAACUUAGAAACUGAUUAGAUGGAAAAUGCCUAAUUGAUCCAUAUAUUCUUGUUCCUAGUACUUCACCACAGUGUGAUGUCAUCAGUCCAAAACUGUAUUACUUUUGUAAGAACACUGGUUAAUUUGUAUAAGAUAUUAUAGAACUUUUUAUGCUUUAGAGAGUAAGUAAUGUCUUUUAGAGGAGAAAGGGAACUAAUUUAUUUUCGUCACUCCUAGAUGUAGUAGCUCUUACGAAAAGUUUGUGUGUGUGUGUGUGUGUGUGUGUGUGUGUGUGAGAGAGAGAGAGAGAGAGAGAGAAGCCAAUUGGAGUAACAAAACACAUGAACUGAUAAGUAUUCAGAGUGAAAAGUAUUUUAACCAUGGUCCUCAACUUGAUUUGUCUACUUGUUUCAGAAAGAUUCUAACUAUUGGGUUUUCUAGACUGUUAAUUUAAAAAUUCCAGUUAAGUUUCUUUGCAGCUACAAGGAAAGGACUAAAUUUUAUCAAAAGUAACAGUUUUCCACAAAUCAUCCAUUUAAACAUUUAUACUAUCAACUGUUUGGUUUUGGUUUUUGGUUUCUUGGAGUAUUUUUCUUGUUUUUGUUUUUGCUUUUGUUUUCUACACUGGGGAGACUGUCAGUUUUUGACACACAUUGCAAUGUAGUAUUCGCAGCAUCCCCUCCAUAUUCCUAUCUCAGCGUCCUGCUUGUGUUUUCUGCUCCUUUCACACAUACACAUGGAAUCCUUUAGUUCUUCAAGGACUGUAAAGAUUAUCAUAACAGUAAAGAACUUCCAUAUUCUGUCAUUUGCUUUUAUGAAAUUCUUAGUCAUCGAGGUCUGUUAGUUCUAGUAUGUGAAGAACCUAGAUGGAGCAGCAGCAGUGCAGUAGUCAGGAAAUACAGCUCAGGGCUGAAUUUCUACACCUCUAAAUUAUAGCUUGCUAAUGAAAUUACUGUUCUCCAUGUGACUUGAUUUCAUUAGACUGUAGAAGACAACUGCGAUAUUGCAUGAGAGAAUUGUAUGUAACCACUUGGAUGAUUGUUCCUGAAUGUACGGACAGAAGUAAGCCUGAACACUUCUGAGUUUAUGAACUUUUAGUUCCUGCUUUAAGGGAAUAUGAUAAUGGUAUACUAUAACAAAUGUACUUUAUUCUUCUAACACAGUAAGAAUUAUUUGGGUUAUUUCCUUGAAGAAUAUAGUUACCGCGUAUUUCGGUUUUGUGACAAUUUCCAUUUCUAGUUAAUUAUUUGUAUCUGAAUUUUUUGUUAGUACCAAAAAUUCAUUAAGUAAACAGAAUUUUAAAACAAUUGCUGAAUAUUAUAUAUAUGAAAUGACUUUUAUGGAACAGCUUAAUCUUCCACUUCCAUGUUUAUGGAAAUAUCCGUAUAUUAAAAUAAAUAAAAAGUGGAAGAAUUCUUUGCUGUUAGAUGAAUGUAUUUUGAAUGUCUCUUUUUCUUUUUAUGGGGCCUAACCACAGUACCUCCAAACUGCAGAUAUGGUAUUAUAAUUAAACAUUUUAUGUACCUGGUACAUAAUCAUUGGUCUAUAAACAAAACAAUCUGUGUCCUGAA